GGGCUCCGCCGUCGCGUCUCUCAUCCUCUUGUCGUUCCCCAACCGAGGAGGAUGCGGGUACGCGGGGCUCCCGCGGCCGAGCCGCUCCGGCUCAAGAGCAUCGCAGUUUCACACUCGUACGCGGCAGCGGGAGCGCGCUCGCGUGUGCGCGCGCGCCUUUCGACGUUCCACUGUAUUUAUUCCCAGGCCAGGAGAAGAAGGGCUCCCGAUUCCUCUUCCCGACACCAGGAGAACGUCGAAGGUGCCCGAUGAUGAGCCAAAACCAAGGCAGAACUGAGAAAACAGAGAGGAAAAGAACGAAUCCUGGGUGAACUUGAGGUUCCUUGGAGUCCCCGGCGCGGUCCGUCCUCUUCCUGCCUGUCGGUGUCAAUCCUACUCCUCCUCCUCCGUCGCUUUUCUCCCACGGUGUCAGUGACCCUCGUGUACCGAGCGCGGGGUUUAAAACAGGAGGCCAGCAGUGCGCGCUCCCGGCUCACAUUAAAGGCACAGCAGUAACUCCGCCAAGUCAAGUGCGCCUUUAAAUCACUUCUGCAAGUGGCAGCGGUCACGUGACACAGCAGGCUGCCGCUGUGUGUGGAGGAGCUCGCGGAACUCGCCCGAAGCUCUUCACCCUUUCGCAUCUAAGUGCACACUACAAUACAACUUUUUCUAUCUUUUGUUUACGCCGUCGAACGGCAAAUACGAAUCCGCACUCGACGGUUAAGUACGGACGCCGCAAUUUUCGCUCAAACUCUAGAAGUGGAGCUGGAGACGCUCCUCCCCUGCUCCCGCCGGUGACGACGUCGACGUUCCGUUUUGUGGGCAAGAACUGAAGAAGCUGCAGACCUGCAGGAUGGUUCCCACGACCGGAAUAGUCCCACUGUCAGCUACCUUCCACUCAGGACGUCCAUGAUUCCCCUUCCAUAGCGAGAGACGUGGGCCACCCGGCACUGAGAACGCGAACUAGUAGGCGGAGACCGAGCAGCACACGCAAUGUCAGAGGACAGCCUGUCCCUGAAGGACUCUGGAGAUGGACUUCCUCCUAGGGCUGCAGUCCUCGAGUUGCUCUUGAAGAAGUUCGAACGGCUCCCGGAAAAAGAUAAAAAAUUAUUUGGCUACGGACCGGCCUACCUUGGAGGGAACGCGGCCUUUGCCGGACUGAUUGCCAACAGUUUGUUCCGGCGGGUUCUCAAUGUCACCCAGGGCCGAGUGACAUCGUGUCUGCCCAUGGCCGUCCUGCCGUUCCUGACGACGAUGGCGCUAUACAACGGCGCCGUCUCCCAGCCUUUGCUGUCAGGAGACCUUAACUGCCCGACCUGCACCAUUGUCAGAGGAGGUCUGGUUGGCGUAGUCGCUGGUGGCAUGUAUCCCAUCUUCUUGGCUUUACCUGUAAACGCUGCCCUUGCAGCAAGGUACAAUACAGCACCAAUGCCUGAAAAAGGCAAUAGAAUGCGCUUCUGGUUCUCAGUGACACAGCCCAUCAUGAGGAAAAUGACAUUUGUGAUGAUACUCCAAGCCCUCUUUGGUGUGUUUCUGAGCUCCAGACAUUAUGACAUCUACAUAAAAAUGCUGCAGCUGUCUGCAACUGACAGCGAAGACCUACACAAUUAAAGGCAAAUCUUGACCCUGGAUGUACAAACCAUUAAACAUGUUUGAGGU